AUGGGGAGAACUAUGAAACACAUGCUUGAAGAAUGGAACAGGUACAGGGAGGAAUGCCUGCUAAAUAUGAGUACAGACCCCAGUCCUUCAGGCUUAUUCUGUGGGCGCAUGUUUGACCAGUACGCUUGCUGGGCAGAUGGGAUGCCAAACACUACAGUAAAAGUACCCUGUCCGUGGUACCUUCCCUGGUAUGAUCAAGUGAAAAAUGGUUUUGUGCUCAGAGAAUGUGGGGCAGAUGGCCAGUGGGCCACCAGUAAAACCAGCCUCACCUGGCGAGAUCACUCCCAGUGCGACACAAGCAUCAGCCAGCAAACCGCACAGGAAAACCAAAUGAUGAUCUUGGCCUACUUCCAAGUGGUGUAUACCGUGGGCUAUUCACUGUCUCUUACCAGUCUUUCAUUGGCUCUUGUCAUUCUACUGACCUUCAGGAAGCUGAGAUGCACACGAAACUUCAUACAUGCGAAUCUCUUCACCUCUUUCAUCCUACGUGCUGUUUCCAUCUUGGCACGUGACCGUAUGCUCCAGAGGAAAACUCCUGAGUUCCACAGCAGCCGUGAUGUCCUCGAAGCACUGAAUGAUCAGGCUCUAGCAGGUUGCCGUGUUGCCCAAAUACUCAUGCAGUACUGUGUCGGUGCGAACUACUGCUGGCUGCUGGUGGAAGGGGUGUACCUACACAAUCUCCUUGUACUGAUGGUCUUUUCUGAAAGGAGCCAUUUUCAUGGAUACAUAAUCAUCGGAUGGGGAACUCCAGUGCUAUUUGUGGUGCCCUGGACCGUGGCCCGUUACCUGUAUGAGAACAUCAGAUGCUGGGAGAUAAAUGAAAACAUGGUGCACUGGUGGAUCAUCCGCUCACCCAUAGUGUUGGCAAUUUUCAUCAACUUCUUCAUAUUUACUCGAAUCAUACAGAUAUUGAUUUCCAAAUUAAAAGCACAUCAGAUGAGGUAUACUGAUUAUAAAUUCAGGCUGGCAAAAUCUACACUGACCCUGAUACCCCUGCUGGGCAUUCAUGAAGUUUUGUUUGCCAUCAUGGCUGUGGAGCAGACAGGUGGAAUGCUGCGAAACAUCAACCUCUUUUUUCAUCUUUUCUUCAACUCUUUCCAGGGCUUCUUGGUGGCCGUAUUGUACUGUUUCAUCAAUAAAGAGGUGCAGGCAGAGAUAAAGAAGAAAUGGGAAAGAUGGAAAUUAGGAGUGAGCGGUCUAGAUGAGCAGCGUACCUGCAGUAACACGCCUCACGAGGGUACUGGUGCGGUUAACUGCAACCACAACCCUUUAUGUCGGCUGGACUCUCAGCAAGCAGAAGACAAGGUGGACCAACAGUCUGGCCUUGAACAUCUUCACAUCCAGCCACCAGCGUCACCUCCCUGUGACUGA